AUGCUCCGAUCAGCGGUCAUUACGCGAUCCCAGCAGAUCAAACAAGCUGUCGGGCGCCAAUUUGCGUCCGCCGCGGCAGCAGCUGCUGAAAGUGCAGGGAAGAGCAAGGCGAAAGCGAAGUCGGCGGGAGGAAGCAGCGGCGGGAAGAAGAAAGCUUUGGAAGACCAAGGGAAGGCGGCUUCCAUUGUAGAGGCGGCGCUUCGCCAUGCUCAAAUAGAAGUGCCGAAUCUGGAUGAGGCUACUCAGGCGGAGGAGAUGCUGAUGGCGAAGGAGUACUCGAGGUUGAUGAUGCAGAAGCACCACCAGCAGAGAGGGGCCGAGUCAGCCAGGCUCAAGCUCAAGCUGGCAGCCAUCCAAGCCCUACCUGCUGGCAAGCUUAGGGAUGCUGCCAUGCUUCCAGAUUUCACUCCCUUUCCAUCCAAUCCGCUCGUCAUUCUAGCAGCAGCGUGUCGGCCGUGCCGCGGCGAUGGAUGGGAUUUAAACCACGUCGCGUCCCACGUGGCGGAGCGGCCGUUCACGUGCGUGCACGACUCGCACGUGGCGGCGCGCAGCAGAGAGCACACGCGCCGGCAACUGGCGUCGUACCGCACAGGGUGGGUGGGGCCGUGCGGUACAGGGUGGGUGGGGCUGUGCGGUACAGGGUGGGUGGGGCCGUGCGGCACAGGGUUGGCUGAGGUGGACAUCGACGUGGACCCAUCCCUGCUGGCGGCGCAUUCGCUCUGCCAAUCAGAGGACCCCGCCACGUGUGGGGAGGUGGCAGCCGGGACAGGCACACCUGGUGCUGACGUCAUCCUGUUUCUCUCAGCCAAACAAACGGCCACGUGCGGCAGCACGACAGCGGCGGCCCACGCGUCGCACUGCGCGGUGGACCCGGCGUCGAACCGCCCGCUCGCCGCGUCGCUGAACCUCUGCCCGCUGGCUUGGCGCGCCGUGGGGCAGCACUCGCCGUCGUACGACUCGCAGGUGCACGUGGUGCUGCACCAGCUCACGCACGCGCUCGCCUUCAGCUCCGCGCUCUUCCCGCUCUUCAAGGACGUAAGAGGCCAGCCGUACGCGCAGGUGGUGACGACGGCAAAGCAGGCGGACGGCAGCACUGUGUCGAAGAUCGUCACGCCCGCCGUGGUGGCCGCAGCGCAGCGCCACUUCGACUGCCCCGCGCUCGACGGCGCCGAGCUGCACUCCGCCCCGCCCUCCGCCUCCGCGCCCGCCUCUCCCGCCCCCUCCGCGGCCCCCGCGGAGGCGAACAGCACGGAGUGGGGGUCGCUGGUGACCUCGGUGCAGCCGCAGAACGCGCUGACGGGGGGAGUGGCGCUGGAAGGGGGCGCGGAGGGGGGGGAGGUGGUGAGCAGCCAUUGGAGCGUGCUGCGCUUCGAGCACGAGUACAUGACGCCGCUAUUGGACGGGGUACCAGUGGUAUCGGAGCUGACACUGGCGCUAUUCCAGGACAGCGGCUGGUACGCCGUGACGCCAGGCAUGGCGGGCAUGCUGCGCGCCGGCUACCACCGCGGCUGCUCCGCUGCCACUGCCACCCUCUCCUGCCCGCCCUCCCCCUCCGCCUCCUCCUCCGCGUCCGCGUCCGACAGCACGCCCCCCGGGUUCUGCUCUGCGGCGGACCUCAACCGCUCCGCCACCUUCUCCGCGGGGGGGGAAGUGCGCCGCGUGCUCAUGCCGCUGACGUGCUCGUCUGACUUCCUCUCCGUCGCCACCUGUGACUCGGGCUGUGCGCCUUCCUCUUCCUCCUCCCCCUCGUCCUGCCUCUUCGGCACGUGCAAGCACAAGACCAGUGUGGAGUCGCAGCGCUGCCAAGCACCACGUGGGCCGGAGGAGAGCAGGGCAGCGGAGGUGCAGCAGCUGGGCAUGGCGUACGGCCCGUCAUCGCGCUGCUUCCUGCACGGCCCACAGUUCUUCGACUAUGCCUUUGGUGCCGGUGCCGUGCCUCCCCCCGGCGCCGGCUGCUACCCCAUGCGCUGCGUCCCCUCAUCCGCCUCCUCCUCCGACCACUCCUCCCAUGACUCGCGCUCCUCCCGCUCCGCUGACUCCGCUGAUGCCCCUCCUGCUGCCGCCAGUGGCAACGGCAGUGCCUCGCUCGCCCCCACGGCGCAGGGCAGCACUGCACUGUCGUCGCGCGCCCCUUCCUCCACCCCGAAGCGCCAACUGCGGGGGAAGGGCAAGGGGAAGGGGCGGGGGAAGCACGGGGGCGGGAUGGUGGUGGAGGUGCGCGUGGGCGGACAGUGGUAUCCGUGUCCGUCGGGGCGCAUGGUGGCUCUCGACCAGGGCGGGGGGGACUUCCACGGGGGGACCAUCGGCCCCUGCCCUGACAACCGCCGCAUGUGCCUCUCUGCCAUGUGCCCCAACGACUGCUCGGGGAAAGGCAUAUGCUACAACAGCACGUGCUACUGCCUGCCUGGCUACGCGGCUGCUGACUGCUCCCAGGUGAGAACCUGCCAGCUACUUCUGCAGGUGUUUCUCCAGAUGCUUCCGCAGAUGCUCCAUCAGGUGCUUACUCAGGUGCUUCCCCCUCGCCUGUGCUCGUCUUCCUCCGCCCUCCACCAUCAGGUAGCGUGCUCACCACUCGCCCUCACGCCAGCCUCCACCUGUCGUGCACCAGCCACCUGCGACCACGCCUCGGGUCUCUGCCUCCUGCCCUCCGGCCGCCCCUCGCCCCUCCCCCUCGCCGCCGCGCCCCCCUACACUCCCCCCCCGCCCCCCUCCCCGCCUGCUCCACCUGUCUUCCCCCUGCAUGGCGCCCCGCCCGCCCCUGGGAGCACCGGCAACAGCAGCACCGGCAGCAACAGCAGCAGCAGCAGCAACAGCAGCAUGGGGGGCGAGGCGCCGCAGUACGGGGUGUUGGUGCGCAGCGUGGUGGUGCUGGGGGGGGCCAACAUCAGCGCCAUCCGCGACGGUGCGCGGCUGCAGGAGUUCCAGGCGCAGUUUCAGGCGCAGAUGAGCGCCGCGGCGAGGGCCACGGGGUACGAGGGGCAGGUGGACGUGGCGAUCGAGGCCAUCUAUGCGGGCAGCAUCCUCGUGCAGUCCACUGUCAACUUCUUCCAAGCCACCAGCUUUAACAUGCCCGGUCAACUGCUCCACAACCUCAUCACGUCUCCCGCGCUCAUCUUUGCAGCAUCAUCCUACUUCCUGGCGCUGCCCUCGGGCCGCAUCUCCUCCUUCAACUGCUCCAUGGCCGCUGCGCCGCCCUCCAACAGCGCGCCCCAGGGCGCGGAGGGGCCGCCUUUAGGCAUCUCGUACGGCGCAUGGGCCGCCAUGGCUGCGGCUAUCCUUGUUGCUGGCGUCGCCAUCUGCACCGUGCUCAGCCGUAGGGCAUCAAGAAGGCGACGGGAGGCGCUACUCUAUGCACACGGGUACGACGCCACAGGAGCGCCGUGGUACAUGGAGGGGGAGGAGUACGAUGAGGACAUGGAGGGUGACCUGGAUCUCGACCUCGACCCCCUUGAGGCAUAUGCUCAGGUACGUACCUACCCCUCCUCUCCUGGCCCCCCAACUCUACCGCCCCCUCAACCCUGCUCACGCCAUGGGGUUCACGAGCACUGGCCGCUAUGUGCGUUGGGUGUGUGCACCCCAUACCACCUCCACGUGCCCUUCUCUCCCUCCCUCAUCACCGCUCUUUUACUUCCCCCCCCACCUCCCCUCGUUGCUCUCCCCGCGCCCUGCCAACAGCUGGUGGCGGAGGCACAGCAGCACCAGGGGGGCGACAUGGGUGGAAUGGGUGGGAUGGGCGGGAUGGGGGGGAUGGGCGGGAUGGGGGAGGAGGGCAUGCAGGGGGGCAUGGCGCAGCUGUCAUCCCUGCCCUCAUCGCUGCAUGCAGCAGCCUUCAUGGCGGCAGCAGCAGGGGGUGGAGCAGCACCCCCCCCAGGCCCGUCCCCCCCUCUCCUGCCCGCCAGUGAGCGCCUGCCUGCGCCCUCGCGCCGUCUCUUCGCUCUCCCGUCCUUUUCAUCGCGCCGCCACCCUUCUUCCUUGAAGCCCUCGCGUGCCAUCUCCGGUCCCAUCCUCUUCCACGCCCCCAACCCCACCGCCUUCACCAGCGCUGCCAUGCCCCGUCCCCCCUCUGGCCCGCUGCUGCCCCCUUCUGCUGCCGCUAGGGAGGCCGCCAGGCUGGGGGAGGGCGGUGAGGGGGACGACGCACAGGGGGAAGGGGGGUGUGAGGGGAAGGAAAAAGGGCGGGAUGCGGUGGAGGAGGUGGGGGAGGAGGCGUGGGGGCGGGCGGCGUUGAGGAGGCUGGUGCGGUCGGUGUCGGGGCCGCUGGCGGUCAUCUGGGCGUCUGACCCGCGCCCCCCCGCGCCCGCCACGCCACACCACGCCCUGCCCCACUCGCACUCCCUCCACCCGCACCGCCUCUCGGGCCGCCUGCGCAUGGGCAGCGCCUCUGGGCGGCUGUCCGGGCGGCUGUCUGGCCGGCUGUCUGGGCGGCUGGUGGCAGGGCGGCCAGCAGGCGGGCCCAGGCGGUCGGGGGAGUUGAGGCGAUCAGGGGAGUUGAGGCGGUCGGGGGAGCUGGCAGAGGGGGCGGGAGCGCGGGCAGGGGGGAGGCGGUUCCCCUCAGGCGAGCUGGGCGCGGGGAUGGGCGCAGGGGGAAGGCAGAGGGGCAUGUCGGGGCCUAUUGACGCCAUGGGGCGGCCUGCAGGGGCGGAGUUCAUGGGCGUGGGCGCAGGCAUGGGCAGGCAUGCUGGGGGCCUGGGCGGGGGCACGUUGCCUCUGUCCCUGGCCGCAGGCAGCUAUGCUGGCAGCUACGGGGGAAGCUAUGGAGGCAGUCAUGGGGGCAGCAAUGCAGGCAGCCAGCCCGGCACACAGCCGCAGUCACCGUCCAACAGAGGGGGGGCAGGGAGGCGAGCAGGGGGCGAGCAGGAGGCGGAGGGCAGUGCGGCGGUGGGUUCGCUGAGCGGGAUAGAGCCGUCGCUGCUGCACCAGAUGCACCUGCAUGGCAUGCACCUGCCCUCCCACCUGCCCAUCCAUGCCUCCGCCUCCCAGCCCUCCAUGCCCGGCCUUGGCCAAGCCCCCCCACAACCGGGGGCACAGGGCGCAGCAGCAGCAGGGGAGGGCGGGGCGGCGCGCAUGGUGCGGGUGAGCUCUGCGGAUUCCGCUGCCGCUGGUGCAGGAGGGGCAGCGGUGGGGGGGCUACCGCGAGCAAGCAGUGGGGGGCUGCCGCGGGUGGGCAGUGGCGGCCUGCCGGGCACGGGGGGCUCCACGCCCACGCUCAGGCGCGGCCUCUCUGUGUCGCCCUCCCACCGCGCUGCCCUCGUUGCUGCCCUCGCUGCCGCUGCAGUGCCCCCUGCCCCCUGCUCCACGCUGCUACCUGCUGUUGGUUGCCGUCCUCUCCCCCACUGCUCCCUGCACCCUAUGCCCUCUGCUCUGCUCUGCUGUUCCUUGUGCACUCCCCGAUCCCACUCCUCGCUUAUUUUUCCCUGGCUUAUCCCCAACACCCUUGUCUCGCCGCCCUCCCCUCCCCCUCCCCAUACCGGCCCACAGAGCAUCCGCGUGGGUCGUUCGGGCCACCUCACAGCCUCCGGGCAGCUCAACCCCUCGGGGCAGCUCAGAGCUUCCGGGCAGCUGCGCACAUCGGGGCAGCUGAGGCGCCUUGCGUCAGGGCAGCUGCAGGUGCCGGAGCACCUGAACCUCAACAGCACCACCACUGCCACUGCCUACCCCACCGGCAACAGCAUGAUGAGCAACGGCAGUGGCAGCGGCGCAUGGUCUUACUCUGCCAUGGGCCCUCCUCCCCAUGCCCAUGCUGCCCCCUCUGGCUCCACCGACACCACCGCUGCUGCGGGUGCAGCAGGGGAGCACCAUGUGCGCAUUUCGGGGCAACUGGUGGGUGGGGGGCUUGGGGCUGCCGAGGGUGGCGGUUCGGGCAUCGCAGGGUCGGGGAUGAGUUCGGGAAUAGGUUCGGGGAUUGCAGGUUCGGGCAUGUUGUCGGCAUCGGGGUCGGCAUGGGGGCAGAUGCCGCACUUUGGUCAGCUGAACCGGUCGGGGCAGCUGAGAAUACUCAAGCAGCUCGGCACACAUGGUGCCGGCACACCCCCCAUGCCCAUGCACGCCCAGGGGCAGGGGCACGGGCAUCAUGGGCAUGGGCAGGGGCAGGCGAGGCAAUCGUCCCCCCGUGCUGCUUCCCCACAGGCUGGAAGCCUUCCAGGCCAAUCAUUCCAGCAGCCAAUGCAGUCAAGCCAGUCAAUGCAGCAGGCAAGGCGGGCGGUGUCAGGGGUGGUGCGCUUCACCAACCCGCUCGCUGCCGCCCACCUCACCGCCUCCUCCGGGCAGCUUAACGCGCCCCAGCGUGGCCCUAACCAAUGGCUGCGCAGAGCCCGCUCCAACGUGGGGCUGUCCGGGCAGGUUGAAAUGUCGGGUAUAGUGGCGCAAUCAGCGCAGAUGGUGAGAGUGCCCAGCAACGGAGAGUACUCUGCUGCCCAAGUCACCCCGUCUGGGCAGCUGAGAAAAAACUUUCCUUCUUUUGCAACUUCGGGGCAGCUUCGGAACCCAUCGGGUCCAUUUGCCCAGUGGGGUCGGGGAGGGUCGGGGCGGAGAGAGGAGCUGGCAGAAGCGGCAGAGAUGGCGGCAGAGCAGGCAGAGAUGGCGGACUUCUACACGCGCAUGCGCAAUAAGGCCACUUCCGGACCCAUCUACUUUGGAUGA